AUGCCUUCCCUUUUUCAAAGCGCGUUCUAUCUUGGAAAUCUCGUCAACGCGGUUCUCUACGGCAUUGAGGUCAUGCUAUUCUUUUCCACGAUGCGUGUGCUGUUGCAGGCAAAACGUCAGAGGACCCGCUCAGACGUGUUCUUCAUAUUCUUCAGCUGUGCCCUCUUGUUCCUGUCCGCCGUCAAUCUAGCCGUGGACGAGGCGUUUGGCCAAGAGAUGUGGAUUCUCAACUACGACUACCCGGGAGGUCCAGACGCCUAUCUCGGGGAGUAUGCCUCAGUAUGGUAUGAGACAAUGGGCACGACAGCCAGUAUUUCGUUGAAUCUCCUGGCCGAUGGCCUCAUGAUAUAUCGCUGCUACGUGGUGUGGAACGCGGCCUAUAUCGCAAUGGUUCCUUGCCUACUGUGGAUCUCUUCCCUAGGUCUUGGCAUCACCUCUCUGUAUCUAUCUGGCAGCCCAAAUGGCAAUUACUUUGCUGGCCUCGCCUCUAGGAUCGUCCUGUGCUACAACGUGACGUCCGUCAGCCUAAAUAUCAUCGCAACUUGUUUGAUUUGCGGCCGUCUCCUGCACCAUGCAAGGAUCAUACGGAAGCAACUUGGAGAUGAUGCGCCACGUAUCUACACCCACGCAGUGUCCAUCAUUAUCGAAUCUGCACUUCCAUACAGCAUAUCCAGCAUUGUAUUCCUCAUCACCUAUGGGGCCAACAGCGAGUUGUCGUCAUUGUUCCUCGCGUUCUUCGCCAUGUUCACAGCUAUCUCACCCCAAAUGAUCAUCAUGCGUGUUGUCACCGGUCGCGCAUGGUCUAAGACAACCGCAACAGAGAUCACUACCGUGCAGUUUGCCAACGCUAAUGGUUCUACUUCAAGCAACGAGCGUGUGCCGACGGUUGACGUGGUCAUACAAGAAGAACCGAAAGUCGGGUAUUCUAUUAAUGAACCUAUCGCCAUACCGAAGGACUUCCGUAUGGUGUAG